CAGUUGUGCAUCUUCUCGGUCAGUAUGAUGUGUGAGAGGAGGUGUUGAACUUAUUAUAAACACCUCCCGUGUUUAUUUGCGCCCUAAACGUCACAUUUCCGCGCCGGAAGAAGAUUUCUCUCUUUUUUCAGUCUGUCUGUGUUGUGGUUGGUUGGUUGGUUGGUGGUGAUGGAGAACAUCGAGGAGUCUUCGCCGCUCCGGAUCACUCCUACCGUCCGGGCGCUGAGCUCCGCACUGCGGGGUUCCAGCCGGGAGAACGGCUCCGGCGGCGGCGACAGGAUCUUCCCAGACCCGGAGAAGCUCUGGUUCAAAGAGAGCAGCGCUAAAAACCUCCGGAACAGAGACUUCUUAUCGCCGACCACGAUGCUUAACACGCUGUAUGCGGACGGACAGGUCCCUCCAGCAGUGAUGUCCAGGGUGCUGUCCCUCCGUGGCGGUGGGGUUCUCCCUGUGGCCGGUGGGGAGGUAAUGGGUGAGGGCUUGAGGGUGAGGGUGGACCGGCCCGCAGCCUUCAGGGCUGUCCUGGCAGAUGGAGCCACGGAGUACCUGAAGCCCUCAAGUCAGAGGCAAGGCUGUGUGGUGCUCAACUGUCCUGCGCUGCAUCCUAAACCCAACACACCCACUCCUGAUACACUGACUCUGGGCCAGCUGAGGACUGUUCUGCUGGCUGACCACAUGGGGGCGCUGUUGAGAAGACAGGGAUUUGCAGUGUCCUAUUGCCCCACGCUUCCCGAAGACAGCGACAUCAUCACCUUCCUCCAAGCUCUGGGCAUCGAUUGGCCGACAACCCCAGCCAACUGGACCAACGAGGAGCGGGAGGAGAAGAUUCAGGAGGCGCUGGAGAACUCCCCCUACAGAGAGAGGGAAACAGAGAGAGGCAGGAGGACCAGCGGAGGAGGAGGAGGCGGAGGAGGAGGAGGGAGGAAGGUGGAGGAGGGGGAGGGGGAGAACGAGGGAGAGCUCAGGGUCAACCUGAAACGAGUGUUCCAGGAGGAGGGGCUGCUGGGAUACGACCCCAGCCUCGGUACCUGCAUAGUGCACAGAGACAGUGUUUCCCACCUGGCGCAACUGGACCGAGCCACUGCUGACUGCACAGUGGCCAUGGAAACAGCAUUGCAUGUGACUUCCUGUCAGGAUGAGUUCCGCCAGCAGCAGAUAGCAGUGCUGUGGAGAGCCAGUGGAGCGACACACACACAGAGACAUCUGGUGUGUGGGCCUGUGAAGACUCCUGGUUCUCACCUCACUGCAGCACAAUAUCUGCAGCUGAGAAGAGGUCAGAUGAAGGAGGCCUCAGAGAUGAAGUAUGGAGAUCAAGUAGAAGGUCAGACGUGGGAUGACAUCAUCAGGGUCAUGACCUCUGCCACUGUCAGAUUUGAGCUGCUGUCAACGGUCCACACCAGUCCUGUGACACUGGACGUCCAGAGGGAGGGAGGCGUGUCCACCAAGGGGCCGAGAGGAGGAGUGUUUGUGAUGUAUAACUGUGCCAGACUGCAUACUCUGUUCGACAGCUACGAGAGAGGAGUGGAGAAGGGUCUAUACCCAGAAAUCCCUGAAGGCUCCCAGCUGGACUUCUCUGCUCUGAAAGAAGAGGGCGAGUGGCUUCUCCUGUUCAAUUACCUCAUUCCGUUCUCCGAGCUGCUGGACCAAUCGAGACAAGCGUUGGACUGUGAAGGAGGAGGAGGAGCCAGAGUCAACAUUAAGACUGAACAGAUCUGUAAAUUCCUCGUGUCUCUCAGUAAAGACUUCAGCUCGUACUACAAUAGAGUCCAUGUGCUUGGGGAGCCGUUGCCUCAUCUGUUCAACCAGAUGUUUUGUCGUCUGCAUCUGUUGAGAGCAUUGAGAGAGCUCUACCACAGCGCUCUGGACACCCUUAAUCUUCCCCCCAUCAGGCAACUAUAGCCUCGCCAUAAUUCACUCACCCUGUGUGAUCACUGUUGGCCCUACCUCCCCAUCACACACUCACCUGUGUUUUCACCAAUUGUAGCUUCAUCAUGUACACGUUUAUUCAUCUAAGACACAGUCACCUUUCCCUCAUUUUGGCAAUAUGAGAUAUUGUUUUUUUACCUGCCCACUGUCAGUGAUUACUGUGGCUGGACAUACUGUAAAUGUUAAAGUAUUUAAAGGACGUCAUUACGUCCCUAAACUCUGCAUUCUGUGAGUUCAGCUUCAGCUGGGCGGAGUGAUUUUCCUGGAAAAUUUGAGCUCUUUGUAUGUUAAAGAAAUGUUUUGACAUUCUAGGAAAUGAGCGUAUUUGUUUCUUACUGAAAGUUUGAGGAGAAGAUUGAUACCACUGUGUGGGGACUGCGGGAAGUUAAUGGUCCCAGUCGGGAAAUAGUCUGUUGGGCUGCUCGAUUAUGGCAAAAAUCCUAAUCAUGAUUAUUCUGGUCAAUAUUGAGAUCACGAUUAUUUAACAAGAUUACUCAUUGACUUUGGAAACAUCAUGAAUUUAGAAAGAACAUUUUGUAGCCAACACUUUAAAGUGAAAUGCAUCAAUCUGGUGCACUCUGAGAGGAAAAUUAAGAAGCUAGAUCUAUGAAGGACUUUGUGCUCUUGUAAACAAUUUAAUCAUAAACACAUUGGUUGUAUGGAUAUAAAUGGUGAUGACACAGCAAAAAAAAAGUCACACCCACAAAGCAUGGUAAACGAGAUUGGGUCCAUGGUUCAAGACACAGGGAGAGAGGGCACAGCGAGCACUAAGCAGCGAGGUUCAGGCGACGGGUGCGGUAAAGCUUCACCUUCACCCUGGGCCUUGGCAAGCCAACCUAGAGCUGGUAGCGGGGUAGAGUUCCCACGAGGGGAUCCUUCCACACUGAGCGGCCGUUCCAGACCCGCCGAGCAGGGUGAAAGCGCACCGCUGUAAAGGAAAGGGGUGCGCUGGAUUUAUAACACAAGACGUAACAAGAGCAUCAUUGUGAAAUGGAAUGCAGCGGCACAAUAAACGUUUUAUGUUGAUUAUCUUGUUUUCAUAAUCGUUGGAAGCCAAAAUCGUAAAUGAAAUUUGAUUGAUUAAUCACGUUGUCAUGGUGCUAUUUGAGUUUCAGCUGCUCAUAUUUACUGUACAUAUAUGAAAGUGGAAUCAAUCUUAUCCUCUAACUCUCUGUAAGAAAGCGAAUAAGCAUUAUUUCCCAAAAUGUCAAACUAUUCCUUUAAGUUUGCAUUCAUUGCUCAGAAUUUCAACGGCUAAAUGGGCCAAAUCUACAGUGUCUCUGUUAGCAAAGAUGGGAUGAUUUUUUCUGUUGAAGUCCUACAAUUCUGCUCUAAUCAUGUGACCAUACAGGACAUUUAUAUGAACCAGACACCACUUUUUUGGUGCCAAAAUCCCGCUAGUUAUCAAGACACCCUAUCUAAACUGUGAUAAGACUUGUUAAACUUUCUAAAUUGCCUCAUUAUUAUCCCAGUAACCCCCCCCCCCACAUACUGUCACUAACAGCCUCUCCUCUUUGAAUCACUUGUAAGUGUCUUAGUCACUGCCUGAAGAAAAACAUGUUGCUUUUAAUAAGUCUAGCUCAACUGUUGAGAAAGUCCCGUUUCAUGUAUGUUACCCAUCUUGUAUUUACCAAUGCCACACAAAUAUUUAUUGUCAUUUAAAAAAAAAGAUUUCAGAAUCUAUAUUCUGCAUACGAGUCUUAAUUGCUGUGUUCCUAUGAUUAUUCAGAGCCUUCCAAUCACCGUUAUCCUGCUUGACAAAUCACAAAUGUUCAGUAUCAAACAUGUACCAGAUAUAACAGGUGUUCAUAAGUUAUUGACAAAAAAACAUACAUUAGCAGCAUUCAUAGGGCCUCGUGCCAUAACGUUAGGAAAUGAACUGCAUGAACUGGCAUGAAAAUAAUAUAUAUGAAGAGUUUUAUGCCAAAAAAUGUUAUUUAUAAAUUUUGGUAAUGACCUAAAAUUGAUCCUUGAAAUGUGAAAUGUGUUGCCAUUUCAAUUAAUGUGUGUUAAAAAUGUGCCAUAGCUUGUUUUAACUUUAUGCUUUUGUAAGUUGGUGUAUUUUUUUCUCAUGUUGGAACAAAACCGUUGACGUACACAAGUAUCAAAUAUCUUACUUCUCACUGCAUGAAAUGUUUGACCCCUUGCAAAUGUUGCCUGUCCCUGAAUCUAUGGAUUGUUUAAUGGACUAUUUUUUUUUUUUACAUUUUGCUUUCUAUAAAAAAAGGGAAUGGGGUGUUUACAAUAUGCUGAUUUAUUUACAGUGACUGUCUUGUUAACCACAGAUGUAAUUACCACAGUAUUAAAGCAGGAGAGAUGAAGAUUUUUUUUCCUACCUUAUACUGUCCAAUGUCUUACUGUAGGGCUGCAACUAACUGUUAUUUUCACUGUCGAUUAAUCUGUCGUUUAUUUUCUCGAUUAAUCGA